CCACCUGCUCUAGACGUUCGCUCUCCAUCUCUUCCUCCUUUCUUCUCUCCCACUCUCUCUAUACACGCCCCCUCACACGACCCACAACCAUGUCUGACGACGAGCAGCACAACCACAACUUCGAGCAGGCCAGCGCUGGGGCCUCGGCCACCUUCCCCAUGCAAUGCUCGGCCCUCCGCAAGAACGGCCAUGUCGUCAUCAAGGGUCGUCCGUGCAAGAUCGUCGACAUGUCCACCUCCAAGACGGGCAAGCACGGUCACGCUAAGGUCCACCUGGUUGGUAUCGAUAUCUUCACCGGCAAAAAACUGGAGGAUAUCUCCCCCUCCACCCACAACAUGGAUGUUCCCAACGUUACUCGUAACGAAUACCAGCUCGUCAACAUCGACGACGGCUUCCUUAACCUCAUGACUCAGGAUGGUGUCGCCAAGGAUGACGUUAAGCUUCCUGAGGGUGAUAUUGGCAAGCAGAUCCAGGCCGACUUUGACGACGGCAAGGAUCUCCUUGUUACUAUCGUCUCUGCUAUGGGUGAGGAGCAGGCCAUCUCCUUCAAGGAGGCUCCCAAGGGAUCCUAAGUGACACGCUUCGGUCAGUUACGAGUUUCUCAUGUGCUUGCUUCGUGGACUUCCUACUCUCGUGACUAGGUUAAUCGCGUGAUCAAACGAUGCUGACUGGCUGUAUACCACAGAUAGUUCUCUCUACUCGGUCUUUCGUCAUUGUUGUGUUUGUGCCAUUCACACGCCCACUGUUGUGUUCAGUCGUUAAGCAUCAGUAUCUCGUAGCAGUAUCAUCCUCACUGUGCAUGUGUACCACUCCUACCGCCCUUUGCGCGCCAUGUAUCACUCUCCGUCCCUUGUGUCAUACAAUGGAUUGCCGCAU